AUGAAAUUCGUCCUAAUGUCCGUGUGCGCCCUGCUGGCAUUUGCUGCGGCUCAGGAGGAACAGUACACCAGCCGAUUCGACACCAUCGAUCUGGACGAGAUCCUGAAAUCGGAUCGACUGUUCCGAAACUACUUCCAGUGCCUGAUGGACGAGGGCCGCUGCACCCCGGAAGGAAACGAACUGAAGCGGGUUCUGCCGGAAGCUCUCGAAACCAACUGCGCCAAGUGCACGGAAAAACAACGCCAAGACGGACUCCGUGCCAUCCGGUACAUGACUGAAAACCGACCGGAAGAAUGGAAGGCACUGCGCGCCCGGUACGAUCCGGAGGACAAGUACUUCACACUGUACGUGGCCGACGCCGAGAAGGAAGGAAUCAAACUGUAG